AUGAACGGCACAGAAAAAACCAAACGGCGACGAAUAAUGAUCAUCAGUGGUGACGAAAGUAUCAUUGACGAGAUCAAAAAUAGCAAAAAUGCUUUGUUGUGCAAAUCAUUGAUCCUGGAAGCUGAAGAUGAGAGUAUGGAUCUCACGUCUCUUGAGGACAACAGUUCACCUGCGCGAGUGAAGAAAAACAAGAAUGUUUCGUUGGUUUGUGUAAUAUGUGGAGCGCCAGCUCUUGGAUACAAUUUCGAUGCCAUAUCGUGUGAAAGUUGUAAAUCAUUUUUCCGUCGAAAUGCUCUGAGAGAUCCACCACUUGAAUGUCCGCGCGAUGCUUCAUGUAAAAUUACAUUCGAAUCCCGUCGUCAAUGUUCAGCAUGUCGUCUCGUUAAAUGUCUUCAGAACGGUAUGAGACGUGACAGACUUUUAGUGGCCGAACAAAAAGCUGUCAAACGCCGAAGACGAGAUGAUGAUUCAAGUCUAAAUUUGGACACAUCUUUGCUCUAUCCUACCGAAUUCAUGCCACCUUCAGAUGCAAAUAUAGUAUUUCUAAACUACCGUCAACCCUCGCCGCCACAAACUAGAAGCGGAUUGCUCACUUCUGAAGAUUUACAACGUAUUGAAUCUAUUCAGCUUCUCUAUCAGAAUCGAAUUGAACUCGCUCGUGAUGGUCUUCCGUGGAAUCCUUCCGAGUAUUCACUCACUUUCUUACAAAAACUCAACAGCCAUUCGGUUCCAUUAAUAAGAUUAUUGACAUUUUUCAAGCAAAUACCUGAAUUCAGUGAGUUAAACGUCGACGACAAAGUUACAUUGAUUAAAUUCAAUCUUUUGCCACUACUAUGCAUCAAUUGCACACUUUCAUAUAAAAUCGAAACUGACCAAAUUGUUGAAACUGAUUCCGAUGUACCUUGGGAUCCAUCCGUCAUCCAAGAAGUCUAUGGUUACGAAGGUUAUCUACAAAUGAGAAAAGUCUUCGAAUCGUUUGUACACAUCGCCCAAUAUGAUCACCGAAUAAUCCAACUAGCCUUGAUCACAUUAAUCUUAACCAAAGGUUUUUCUGCUGGCGAAGGAGAGCUCGAGCCAAUCUUGAAUGAUGGCAUGGCAGUUUAUCGUGCGCAAAAUUACUACGCCGAAUUAUUAUGGAAAUACAUCGAAACUAUGCAUGGACGACAUCGAGCGAUCAGUAUCUGGAGUAAAAUUGUAACACAUUUCAUAACAUGGCAAACCUUGCAUAAAAGACUUCGAGAUAAUGUACAACGAAAUCUAUCCACGACGGACAUGAGUGAAUUGUUACCACUGAUGAAGACCUUAUUUCACAUUUGA